CUGCUGUUGCAAUGGCGUUUGCUGCGACAGCACUUUCCGGCAGCAGGGAAAUCGAGGAGAAAGCAGCGACAAACGUCGCCAGCGGUUACGUUAUCGCCUCAAAUAUCCUUGGAUUUAUGCGAUAUUCGGUGAUCUAACUCGUAUAUUGAUUGUUUAUCCCUUUGCCUUGUGGAUGAGCUUGUGUUCAACGUUUUCCAAGCGAGAAUCUCCACCUUAAUGCGGUGGGAUGGCCACAGUGCCGCCUGGGCCUAGUAGCGCUCUCCCCGAAACCCCGGCCGAGAGUCCUCCUUUCCCCGGGGCUGGGAGCGCGGAGCCGGCGGGGGGAGACGGAGAGGCGGCCUGCCACAGAGACGACUGUUUACCCACCGGUACAGGGAAUACGUCAGAACCGCUAAGCGAAGUAAUUAGGUCGGUUAAUAAGAAGCAAAAUAACAUGCUAGCGCGAGCUAGCCCGUCGGCACUUCACCUCAAAAUGCAAGCUCGAGAGCAGCAGCUAAACGGCUUGUCCGGCUCCUCAGAGGACGCGGACAGCCACCAGCACACAGGAAACCGGCCUGACAACCCGAGACCGUCCGUGGACAACUGUGACAGCAGCAGCAGCAGCGGUAGCAACGAGGAGGCUUCAACCGCGAGAAACAAUAGUGAGCAUUGCCAACAUGAAGGCCACAGCCCCAUCUCCAAAAACGGCAGUCACUCGCCCCUAGUUAACAAUAGCAUGAACGGGAUGCCAGAUUUGAUAAGAACUGAGACGGCCCACAGCCACCCCGGGGACGAAGGGAAAGAGGAGCUUGACCUCACGGAGCCACCGAGACCGCCGAGCGACAAGCCGCCGGACGCCGGGCCCGAGCACAGCCACGCCGCCCCGCAGGAGCUGCAGCCGCCGACCGCGGAGCUCGCCCGGCUCGCCCUGAGCGGCUCCCCCGGCCGAGCGGAGGAGGACAGCCACGGCAUCUGCUAUGUCCGCUACGAGUCCGAGCUGCAGAUGCCGUGGAUCAUGAGACUGAUCACAAAGGACUUGUCUGAGCCUUAUUCAAUUUACACCUACAGGUACUUCAUUCACAACUGGCCGCAGCUUUGCUUUCUGGCCAUGGUGGAGCAGGAGUGUGUCGGAGCCAUCGUAUGUAAGCUUGACAUGCACAAGAAGAUGUUCCGUCGUGGCUACAUCGCCAUGCUGGCCGUGGACUCCAAACACAGAAGGAAAAGCAUCGGUACUAAUCUGGUGAAGAAGGCCAUCUAUGCCAUGGUGGAGGGUGACUGUGACGAGGUUGUUUUGGAGACUGAAAUCACCAACAAAUCAGCCCUGAAGCUGUACGAGAACUUGGGUUUUGUCAGAGACAAGCGGCUGUUCAGAUACUACCUAAACGGAGUGGACGCGCUGCGGCUCAAACUGUGGCUCCGCUAGAGGAAAGAGGAGGGGACAGGGGAGGACGGGACAGCUCGUACGCUAUCGGCUCAACAGCCUCAGCUCUGCCCUGGUCAUUUCACUCUUAUACACACUUCACACACACACACACACACACCUGUGUACAACAUUUUGCACAUAGGUAUGCAUAGACACGCAGAAACACCCUCUUUUUGUCCUUGACCUCCGAACAACCGCUGUCGAGGGCGAACCCGAUUGACAUCCCACCUAAUGGGCCAGAGGAGGGGCGGUGAGCGAGGGUGACCUUUUGACCUUCAAGCUUGGAUGCUAUGAACCGGGUUGCGAGGCAGCUGAAGUGAGGACAUUCGUCCGAACCCUCAAUAGGACACUGCACCGCAGCAGAUCCUCCUACUGAACACGGGACAAACGCAGACUUCAAAGUAAACAACAACAAGUGACACCAGGAAACGGGGUGGUGAAAAACAGACUGGCAAAAGAAAAUAUUUGUUUGAGUUUCUUUUUGUGUUUCUUUUUUAACCUUGUGAGUUGGACGGGGUAAAAGCUAUAGUAUGACUGUGUUUUUGUACCGCCUCGUGUUUUUUUCUUUUGGAGUGUUUGGCUUGUUUUCAUGUGUGGUUUCACAGUGAGCAAGUGACCGUGUUGUGUGACUGUGAGCGCAUGCUUCGGUUAGAACUGUGCGUUCUGGUUUUUUGUUCCCAUCACCUGCCUCAGCCCCCUGGACUGAAGCCUGUAAAGAUAUGCAUGCAUUUAUUUUAAAGUGAGUGCGGCGGAAAAAGUGUGAAGAGUGUGUGUUGAUUUACCCAGUUUGAGCUAAACCCACCGAACCCCCUUCCUGUGUUUGGUGUAAGUAUGUUGCUGCAGAGCAGUUGAUCGAAACAAAUCACUCCAUUAGCACCUCAAACUUUUCCCAACUGGUGAAUUUGCUACAGUUUUUGCUUCUAUCAAACCUGACUGUAUAGGUGAGGAAUUUAGAUUUUUUCUUCCUAUUAGAACAUAACUUGUUUCCCCUAAAUGCACUGCCAGCUGCUGCAAAAUCCCCCAAAAGGAGUCUUUGAAAAAGAGCCGUCUCAGUUGACUCCUUUUUAAAGAUGAUAUCCGUCUGUUCCUCCUUGUUGCAAGUGCCACUCAAUCCAUCAGCACUCUCAGCCUCAGCUAAGCCUGCUAACAGGCAUCACACACUCAGCCUCAACACUUCUGCGUCUGCACUCGGCACCAGACCGGAGGCGAAGUGUUACAUAUGCUGGAAUGCAUGAGUAUGCUUUGUGUUUAUCUCUCGAUACAAAAAAAAGAAAAGGAAAAUAGACAAGUAUUCUUAGCAGAUUAUAUUUUAUUCUAUGUUUGCUUUCAGUUUGUUUAGAUUGUCUAGCGUACACCUGUUUAACCUCGCGCUGCUCAUCAGCAGCUGAGUCCUCAAUGCACCAGGUGCUCUAACUCGAUGCACAACCAACCUCGCUAACAUUUAAGAUCUCCGACCUGAGACUUAGUUUCACCAGGACGCUCCAAUCCACACUAAUUAAGACAGUUGGCUUCAUCCGCUUUUGUGUUUUUUCUUUUCUUAAAAGUAAAUAUGAACAAAGGUCAGAUGCACUUCUUUGGAAAUUGCUGCAGUGUGUAUGUGUACGUAGUACGAAUGUGUCUUGUGUGUGUCCUGUUAUUUUGACAAUGGCGUGGUUCUGUUAGACUUUUAUUUCUCUACUUUCCAAAUCAGAGCCUUUGCUGCUGUGUUUUGUUUCAAGGACAACAGGAAAGUAAAAAAAGGCAGACUUUUUUUUACUUUCAAGGAUACGAGUAAGUGCUCAAUGUGGUGGAAAGACUGGAGACUGUUUGGUUGAAGGGAGGAUAAACCCUAAAUUAGCUUAGAUCUUUUGGAAAACAACCCGCGUUACAAGUUUUUAAAGUAAGAAAACAUCAAAUUAUGCAAUCGGACAUCUGCAUGCUUUUAUGCUGCCUACAAUAUUCAAUGCAGGACACUGCCUCGGGGCACAAUCAGAGUCCAAUCUGCUCCAAAAUAUUGAAUACAGAUCAAAGUCUCCAGCAAACAUUUGUGGUAGUCGGAUGUAUAAAUGAUUUGAUAGCUAGUCUCAAUGAAUGACACUACAGGACCGUGUUCAUAUUUCGCGAUUAUUUUCCUUCAGACUGAAGUAUAUGUUUACAGAGUCGCCACCCCCAUAACAGCCUGUGUAUGUACGUUUGUGUCUGUGCAUUUGGAACAACAGAUCAGAUGACCUAUUUUUGUUUGUUUUUCAGAUUUGUAUACGAGUGUCGUUCUAUUCCUCGGAUAUAUUGAGAGCAUGUUUUUUUUUUUUUGGGUGAAUCAUCUGUUGGGAAGGGGGCGGUUUGGGUUGAUUUAUCAGAUUGUGAUUUUAAUUUCUGUGCUACUUUAGCCCAUCCAGAGGCUUAACGAGGACUAUGAGCAAUUCACAGUGGGCAUACAAAAAAACGCUCUACACCGUGAACACAAACUAUUAUCUUUACUGCUCAUCUGACAUUCUUUAAAUUUAAAUGAUCACCCUGUGUAAACUCCUGGUUUAUUUUGGAGGUAUAACGUGUCCCUGUGUUGGACAUUUGUCUCCCCUCGUGUUCUCUCACUUCCCUGGCCCUUUCUCUUCUUUUAUACAGUGACUACUGAUAGACGAAGGGACAUGAUAGGUACAAAAGGAACCUGUCUGUUCUUAAAACCAGCUGUCAGUACGAGGAGAUGUUUUAGAUGUCGAAGGAAAAGUGUUAACUUUUUUUUGUUUUGCUUUACUCCUGCGAAACUCUGGCAGUUCCAUAUGGGCAUUACAGCCUGUCACAAAGAGCCAAAGCGCUCAGUUUAGCUCAUCACAGACUGAAGGGCUUCGUCAUCAAUAUCAGGCCUGCUGUGUUUUAAUGAAAAUACAUUUUGAAAAAAAGUUUUUGACUUUACAAUGUCGGUUCAGUGUUCACAGAUGUCAGAGGCAGUUUUCUUUACUCCUCCUGGAUGUCCGCUGUGCUUUUCAGGUAGCUUAAUCUAACAAUCACACGCCCAAUUAUCUGUGCUCACCUGGGGCGACAUCUGCCUAUCCUACAUUUCUAGUGUUACAAUUAUACAUUUCCCAGUAACCAGUUUGCGGGUCGGAUAAAGAAAAUGUGUCUUGGCUGUCAUGCUUCACCACAAAAAGCUGUGUUCCUGCAACCAACCAACCAAGCAACCACAGGGGCUUCCUGCAGUCUUUUCGGGGCGGCCAGCUACGCCUCCAACGCCAUCUACGGAGUGUGCAAAGGGGAGAACAAAAGGUUUUUUUGCAUGUCAGAUUUCUGUUCCCCCAGUUCCUCUUCCCUGUCCCCUCUCUUGAUUUUGAUCUGGAAAUGUCCGAUAGCUUUUAUUUAAUGUGGAAAAAGAACACAGAAAUAAAUUAUUUGAUUUUUUUAAUGCUG